UCUCGCUAUCUUUUACUCUCCUUAAGUGAUGACCCUGAUGGACACAGUCGCAUAGUUAUCAGACUCACUCCUCUACCUCAAAUUCACAACCAACAUCACUGUCCUUCUCCUACAUCACUACCAGCCCUGCCAUCCUCCCACAUCUCACCAACGUCUUCACACUCCCCACCACCACCAAAUCUUGUCUCCCCUCUUCCUUACAUAUCCUCCUCCUCCUACCAGUCCAAACAUUCCUACCUUAACACCUUCGAUUGCACCAACUCACUUUCCUCUCGUCACUCUCCCAACACACUUUCUCAUCCUUUACCCCCUUUCCGCUUUCUCCUCCAAACCGUCCCCAUUCUUUAA